AUGGUGGGAGGGAAUUCAUCAGAAGACAAGAAGAGCGAUAAAGAAUCUGAUUACGAGGCUAGUGAAAGCAGAAGCGACGGCAAUGGAGAUGACGAUAAUGGGAGUUCGGUAAAUAACGGAAAAUCAGCUGUAAUUACCAGAGGAAGAGAGUCGAGAGAUAAAUCGGUGAUGAUUUCGAUACCAGAGAACACAAAGUUGAGAAAAAGAAAGUCGGGGAUUAGCAUAGAAGAGCCAAAUCAGCCAAUAGAUUCAUCGAUUCUUGCUAGUUUUGUGAAGAGGGCGAAGAGAAGCGCUCGUAGCCAUCAUGAGAACGUUGGGUCAUCAUCAUCAUCAUCAGCGACUAACGAUGAUUCAGUUCCAGUCUCGACAGAGAUCACUAGUCAGUCUCAAGUGAAUGUCAAUGGCGAAACCAUUACUACAAUUUCUCCCGAGUCUUGGAGUAUUGUCCCAUUUACAACAAGUUCGAGUAUUCAAGAUUCUACCUUUGGGUCAUUAUCAGGGUCAAACAACAACACAAGACAAAACUCUGUUCUUUUGGGGUCAUCAUCAAGUGCAAGUGUUCAAGCUCAGGCCAACAUUACAAGAUCGUCGACUUCUUCUCAACCAUUGCUUUUCCCUGCAAUUCCUAAUUACCAACAACAACAUCAGCUUCCUCCUCUUCCUUAUUCAAUGAUACCAAUUGGUAUUCCAAUGAGGAACCCUGUUCCAAAUGCAGUGUAUAGCCAAGCUCAAAUAGACGCCAUGACCGGAUGGCUAUUGCCCUUUGAUCCGUUUUCGAAUCUGCACCGCCCCAACUUUGUUCCCGGGAGUCAAGGAAACAUCACAAGACCAUUGAGUGUUAAUCCUCACCCUCCAAACUCUGUUUCCGGGCCAAGAUCAUCAUCGACUACAUUGUCCGAUAGUUUGGGGUCAUCAAGUUCGAAUCUUCAAGCUCAACAACAUCAGCUUCCUCCUCCUUAUUCAAUGAUACCACAACAUGACCUCACAAGAAUGGCGUCUGAGGCAACUUCUAUGCAGCGUCAAUUGUUGCCGUUCCCUCCAGGCACUCCAAGCCCUGUUCCAAUUGCAGUCCCAGUGUAUAGUCAAGCUCGAAGGGAGGCCAGGACAAGAUGGCUGUUGCCCUAUGAUCCGUCUUCGAAUCCGCACAGUCCCAACUUUGUUCCCGGGACUCAAGGAAACAUCACGAGACCAUCGAGUGUGAAUCCUCACCGUCCAAACGCUGUUUCCGGGCCAAUAUCAUUGACUACAUUGUCCAAUAUUUUGGGGUCAUCAAGUUCGGAUAUUCAAGAUUCUACCUUUGGGUCAUUAUUAGGGUCAAGCACCACAAGGCCAAACUCUCUUCUUUUGGGGUCAUCAUCAAGUGCAAGUGUUCAAGCUCAAGCCAACAUUACAAGCUCGUCGACCUCUUCGAAUCUGCACCGUCCCAACUCUGUACCCGGGUUUCAAGGAAACAACACAAGACCAUUGAGUGUCAAUCCUCUCCGUCCAAACUCUGUUUCCGGGCCAAUAUCAUCAUCGACUACAUUGUCCAAUGGUUUUGGGUCAUCAAGUUUAAGUGUUGAAGCUUUUUCCAACUUUAUAACACCAUACCUUCCUGAAAUUUUGCGGCGUGCAUUGUCCAUUUACCUACAACAAAAUUACCCUUAUUCUCCUCCUUCUUCAUCGGACGUGAGAGGUUUGGAAUAUAACCUGCCGGCUAAUAAUGAAGAUAAUGAUGCAAAAAACGAUGAAGAAGAUGAAGGUUUUGAACCUGCCGGCUCCGGAGGAAUGAUGAACCAGAUUAUGAGGAAGAUUAUAUCACAGUUGAUUCUGUGA